CCGCGGCGGCGCUGGCGAGCCCACAACAGUCGCAGCCAGCGGUCCUCCCCUCCUUGACACUGCGAGGCAGCGAGCGCGCAGCCCGCGGCCGAGCGCACCUGGGCAGCAGCCCCUGAGCUUUCACCGCGCCAUGUUUCAACCCGCCGAGCACGCCCAGGACUGGGCCAUGGAGGGUCCCCGGGACGCGCUCAAAAAAGAGCGGCUGCUGGACGACCGCCACGACAGCGGCCUGGACUCCAUGAAGGACGAGGAGUACGAGCAGAUGGUGAAGGAGCUGCGGGAGAUCCGGCUUGAGCCCCAGGAGGCGCCGCGCGGCACCGAGCCCUGGAAGCAGCAGCUCACCGAGGACGGAGACUCGUUCCUGCACUUGGCCAUCAUCCAUGAAGAGAAGGCAUUGACCAUGGAAGUAGUCCGCCAAGUGAAAGGAGACCUGGCCUUCCUCAAUUUCCAGAACAACCUGCAGCAGACUCCACUCCACUUGGCUGUGAUCACCAACCAACCAGAAAUUGCUGAGGCACUUCUGGAAGCUGGCUGUGAUCCUGAGCUCCGAGACUUUCGAGGAAAUACCCCCCUACACCUCGCCUGUGAGCAAGGCUGCCUGGCCAGUGUGGGAGUCCUGACUCAGACCUGCAGGACCCAGCACCUCUACUCCAUCCUGCAGGCCACCAACUACAAUGGUCACACAUGUCUACACUUAGCCUCUAUCCAUGGCUACCUGGGCAUCGUGGAGCUUUUGGUGUCUUUGGGUGCUGAUGUCAAUGCUCAGGAGCCCUGUAAUGGCCGAACCGCCCUCCAUCUUGCAGUGGACCUGCAGAAUUCCGACCUCGUGUCGCUUUUGUUGAAGUGCGGGGCUGAUGUCAACAGAGUCACCUACCAAGGCUACUCCCCGUACCAGCUCACCUGGGGUCGCCCAAGUACACGGAUACAGCAGCAGCUGGGCCAGCUGACCCUAGAAAACCUUCAGAUGCUGCCAGAGAGCGAGGAUGAGGAGAGCUACGACACGGAGUCAGAGUUCACAGAGGACGAGCUGCCCUAUGAUGACUGUGUGCUUGGAGGCCAACGCCUGACGUUAUGAGCUUCAAAAAGUACCUAAAAGAACAUGGACUUGUAUAUUUGUACAAAAAGAGAGUUUUAUUUUUCUAAAAAAAAAAAAAAGAAAGAAAAAAAAAAUCAAAA